GACGAUCCAACUCGCCCAUGUGAGGAAGAGAGUAAACGAUGAGCGCAAGUGAAAUUCCAACGAAGGAGGCUAAUUUGCUAAAAGGGCACGAAGGAGCCGUCCUCGCCGCUCGGUUUAACGCUGACGGCAAUUACUGUCUGAGCUGCGGCAAAGACCGUACCAUCCGCCUCUGGAAUCCCCACCGUGGCGUUCACAUCAAGACCUACAAAUCCCAUGGCAGAGAAGUCCGAGACGUCCAUGUCACCGCGGACAACUCCAAGCUAUGUUCUUGUGGUGGUGACAGGCAGGUCUUUUAUUGGGAUGUAUCCACUGGUCGUGUGAUUCGAAAAUUUCGUGGUCAUGACAGUGAGGUGAAUGCUGUAAAAUUCAAUGAGUACUCAUCUGUGGUAAUUUCAGCAGGGUAUGAUCGUUCAGUUAGAGCUUGGGACUGCAGAUCUCACAGCACUGAACCAAUUCAGAUUAUUGACACAUUUUCAGAUAGUGUAAUGUCUAUCUGUCUGACAAAAAGUGAAAUUAUUGCUGGAAGUGUUGAUGGUACUGUUAGGACAUUUGACAUUCGUAUUGGUAGAGAAAUAUCUGAUGACUUAGGCCAGCCUGUCAACUGUAUUUCAAUGUCAAAUGAUGGUAACUGUGUGUUAGCCAGUUGCUUGGAUUCUACCUUGCGUCUUUUGGACAGGACCUCUGGGGAACUAUUGCAAGAAUAUAAGGGCCAUACUUGCAAGUCUUACAAGAUGGAUUGCUGCCUUACCAACACUGAUGCCCAUGUAACUGGUGGAUCUGAGGAUGGCUCUAUUUUCUUUUGGGAUCUGGUAGAUGCCUCUGUGGUUUCAAGUUUCCGAGCUCAUGCUUCGGUGGUAACGAGUGUGAGUUAUCAUCCAAAGGAUAACUGUAUGAUAACAUCCUCUGUUGAUGGCACCAUUCGAGUGUGGAAGACAAAGUUGUAGCAGCAAGUAAUGAACUAGUUUCUUGGAUUUCCUCAACUGAACUACUGGCUUGACAGAUCUGUGGAGGGCUUGCAAUCAUCUGAUGUUUGGAAUUAACUCAAUUGUUCACCAUCUGUUGUCCUGUAUUACUCGGUUGGAUUUUUACUUUUUUUUAUUUCUUUUUUUUUUUUGG